GACUGCUCCUCCUCUUCUCCGCCCCGCCGGCCGCGGGCGCGGGGGAAGUCUGCGCUGCCAGCGUGGAAACCGCGGCGGGGCGCGGGAGGCGGAAGUAGUGCCUAGGACAGCCAGGCCACCAUCGGACUCCGCCACCCGCCUCAACCAUGGACACGUCCCUGGAGAAGAUAGCAGAUCCUACAUUAGCUGAAAUGGGAAAAAACUUGAAGGAGGCAAUGAAGAUGCUAGAGGACAGUCAGAGAAGAACAGAGGAAGCAAAUGGAAAGAAGGUCAAAUCAGGGGAUAUUCCAGGACCACUCCAGGGCAGUGGACAAGAUAUGGUGAGCAUCCUCCAGCUAGUUCAGAAUCUGAUGCAUGGAGAUGAAGAUGAGGAACCCCAAAGUGCCCGAGCCCAGAGUAUUGGAGAACAAGGUCACAUGGCUUUGUUGGGGCAUAGUUUGGGAGCUUAUAUUUCAACUCUGGACAAAGAGAAGCUGAGAAAACUUACCACUAGGAUACUUUCAGAUACUACCUUAUGGCUAUGCAGAAUUUUCAGGUAUGAAAAUGGCUGUGCUUAUUUCCAUGAAGAAGAAAGAGAAGGACUUGCGAAGAUCUGUAGGCUUGCCAUUCAUUCUCGUUAUGAAGACUUUGUAGUGGAAGGAUUCAACGUGUUAUAUAACAAAAAACCUGUAAUAUAUCUUAGUGCUGCUGCUAGACCUGGCCUGGGCCAGUACCUUUGUAAUCAGCUUGGCUUGCCCUUCCCCUGCUUCUGUCGUGUGCCCUGUAACACUAUGUUUGGAUCCCAGCAUCAGAUGGAUGUGGCAUUCCUGGAGAAACUGAUUAAAGAUGACAUAGAACGAGGAAGACUGCCCCUGUUGCUUGUCGCAAAUGCUGGAACUGCAGCAGUAGGACACACAGACAAGAUCGGGCGAUUGAAAGAACUCUGUGAGCAGUAUGGCAUAUGGCUUCACGUGGAGGGUGUGAAUCUGGCAACAUUGGCUCUAGGUUAUGUCACCUCAUCAGUGCUGGCUGCAACCAAAUGUGAUAGCAGGACACUGACUCCUGGCCCGUGGCUGGGUUUGCCAGCUGUUCCUGCAGUGACACUCUAUAAACAUGAUGAUCCUGCCUUGACUUUAGUUGCCGGUCUUACGUCAAAUAAGCCAGCAGACAAACUUCGUGCCCUGCCACUGUGGUUAUCUUUACAAUACUUGGGACUUGAUGGGAUUGUGGAGAGGAUAAAGCAUGCUUGCCAACUGAGUCAACGAUUGCAGGAAAGUUUGAAGAAAGUGAACCACAUCAAAAUCCUAGUGGAAGAUGAACUCAGCUCUCCAGUAGUGGUGUUCAGAUUUUUCCAGGAGUUAACAGGCUCAGUGUCAGAUCCAGCAUUUAAAGCUGUCUCAGCACUCAACGUGGCACCUUCAACAGUCAGCCAGGAGAGACACUCUUGUGAUGCGCUGAAUCGCUGGCUGGGAGAACAGCUGAAACAGCUGGUGCCUUUGAGUGGCCUCACUGUCAUGGAUCUGGAAGUGGAGGGAACAUGUGUGCGGUUCAGCCCUUUGACGACAGCAGCAGUUUUAGGAACCCGGGCAGAGGAUGUGGAUCAGCUGGUAGCCUACAUACAGAGCAAGCUGCCGGUUCUGAGCUGUACACUGCAGCUGUGAGAGGAGUUUAAACAGGAAGUGGAAGGAACAGCAGGUCUCUUACAUGUUGAUGACCCUAACUGGCCUGGAAUAGGGGUUGUCAGGUAUGAACAUGCUAAUGAUGAUAAGAACAGUUUGAAAUCAGAUCCUGAAGGGGAAAAGAUCCAUGCUGGACUCCUGAAAAAGUUAAAUGAAUUGGAAUCUGACCUUACAUUCAAAAUGGGCCCUGAAUAUAAAAGUAUGAAGAGUUGUCUUUACAUUGGUAUGACGAGUGAGGACAUAGACAUUUCUGAACUUGUGGAGACCAUUGUAGUCACAGCCCGGGAAAUUGAGGAAAACUCAAGGCUCCUAGAAAACAUGACCGAAGUCGUUCGGAAAGGAAUUCAGGAAGCUCAGGUUGAACUGCAGAAGGCAAAUGAGGAACGGCUUCUGGAAGAGGGAGUGUUACGGCAGAUACCCGUGGUAGGCUCUGUGCUGAAUUGGUUUUCUCCAGUACAAGCUUUACAGAAAGGAAGAACUUUUAACUUAACAGAAGGCUCUCUGGAAUCCACAGAACCCAUAUAUGUCUACAAAGCACAAGGUUCGGGAGUAACGCCACCUCCAACCCCCUCAGGCAGUCGCCCUAAACAGAGACUCCCAGGCCAAAAGCCUUUUAAUUCCCUGAGAGGUUCAGAUGCUUUGAGUGAGACCAGCUCAGUCAGUCACAUUGAAGACUUAGAAAAGGCCGAGCACCUGUCCAGUGGGCCAGAGCACAACAUCCUCGAGUCCAGCAGACCUGAGGGACACCCAGGAGCUCCCACCCCACAGAAGGCUGACAAGACUGAGGCCCUCCAGAAGAAGGCCCAGCACCCAGAAGAUGACCCCCCACAGGUAGAAGAACCGGAGAACUUAAGAUAAAAUUCAGUGUUUGGUUUGAGACUGUACUGAAUGUUGUUUCAGGAAGAUGAAAUUGUAUUGAAAAUGUGAACUGUGCCACAUCCUAAUACAAUAUAAAUUACUGUUAUUUGUGCUUAACUGAGACUUGCACAAAUAUGUGCCUGAAAGCCAGGCUUUCUAGGAAGGCUAUCAUUUUGUCUAAUUUUAUGUGUAUGUAGAUCAACUAAUACCUGUUGUUUCCGUCCUACUCAACUGUAGUAAUACCAUCUUUUUCCUAAAUUACCACAAACACUUUAUAUUUACAAAGAACACUCAGAAUUUCAAGUGCCUGCCACUUGAAACCCUUGCUUUUAUCUUUCUAAACAUAAGCGUAAUGAAUACACAUAGUUAACUUUUUGGUAAAACAGCUUUUGUUAGAACUCUCUGGGUUCUCUGCUGUACUUCUGCAGAGGCACUAUAGCGCACUACAGCAUUCUUUGCCACAUGUUUUAGUUGGUCUUUAGUAUGACCUAGGUGCAGUAUACAAUUGGACUGUUCAGCUUAAAGGAGAAUGGGUUUCCAUGGGAUUGUAAAUAAGAGUGUCAGAAGUUCUCUCCUGCCACCCCUAGCUGCUGCUCUUCUUGGAGACUUAAGUAAGGACUGUGUCCACUUGAGCUGUGGCAGGGCUUCUGUCCCGGACAGUCCUCUGCCACAAUCCAUUUCUCCCUUUAUAUACUGUUUGUAAACAAAUUUAAGGAAUCCUCUAUUAAGAGUAACUGUAACGUCUUCUUCCUGACCAUAUAUAUGUAUAUUUUUAAAUACUGGUAAAGCUUUUAAAUUGGCACACAAGGACAGUGCUCAUUUCUCUGUUUAAUAUCUAAGAACCUGAUAGAUGCUACCCUCAAGAGCCUACUCUUAAAUGUGCUGUGUAGCACCUAGUUAGGUUUAAGUUACAAAAUAUGCCUUUGACCUGUUCCCACAUUGAAUGAAGCUUCUGUAGCCUCUGCUGCACUGGCAGUUCAGCCCUUGGGCCCAACUCAGACACAAGAACCAGAAGAGUAAUUGAUCUUAGGCUGAUCAAGCCAGGAGACUUGCUCAAAUUAUCAUUAGUAAAGUUAUUAUUGUCCAUUUCUUUUUCAAAGUACAGCAUCACUUCGUUUAUCCUAAGUAAUGGCCCCUAUACCGUUUUUAGUCCAACAAAGUCAAGCUAGGAGACAUCUUAAAAUGGUGGGAAUUCAUAUUGGGUAUGUGGACCUGUAGUAUUGGAAGCCUUAGUUAUACCACAUUUAGCCUCUAAUUACAUUCUGAUGUGAUGUGAUUUUUGACAUUUGACACUUGUCAAAAUGCAGUUUUCCUUUUUUUAAGAUUAAACUAAGUCUUCCCUGUUUAUUUGGUGCAAUGAAGAAUAACAGAUAAAAUGGGGGAGGAGUAAAUUAUCACCUUUAACAAGAUUAAUUUUUAAAUGUUUUUAUAUAUAUUUGGAAUUGUUAAAUUGGUUUUGCUGAAACAUUUCACCCUUGAGAUUCUAUUUGAAUGUUGAUUUCAAUAAAGGUUCUUAAAAUUG